AUGGGUCCCUCAGAUUGUCAUGACAUUCCAGUGUUGGGUGUCGUGUGCGAAGAAGAGCAACGUAGACAGUGGAAAGCUGAACUGGAUAAACAAGUGCUGGAACAGCGGAUGUUAAAGGAAAAAAUCCGACUGGAGGAACAACGUAAAACGGAGGCAAUUUUGAAUCAGAUGCGAUUGCAACAGUUGAGCGUACAACCGCUUGCAUCAAAUCAAUCGCCCCUGGGAACAGCUGUUCUUUCGACUAACACAUUGACUCAUCCUGUUGUCGGACCGGUCGCUCCACAUCCAUCAGCCAGUCACUUCACUAACACAGCCUUUCUACCCACCGCGAUGCUUGUUCCGAAUUCCGUGACCGGUGUGUCUGUUGAUCCCGCCUUGACAACUGGCGUCUCCGCACCCAUUCUGAGCAACUCCUUAGUUCCAACAGAGUCCUCGCAACUGACCGGAAUGCAAACGACUCCGGUCCCUGCAACUCUUCGAACUGGGUUCAACCGAACACGUGGGUUCACACAACAAAUGUACUUCGAUUCUGCUGAGAACGCGGAACGCGCCAGACUAGCCUACGAAGCACGAAUGGAAAAUCUUCGACAAAUCGAAGAGAAACAACGUCGUAAAGAAGCAGAAAAGGCAAAAAUUUUGAUAGAAGAAAAGUUGGAAGAGGAACGAUUAGCUCGGGAACGCGCUCAGAUGGAGGCUGUUGCUCAAGCGGAGAAUGCAGAACGUAUAAAGAGAGAGUCUUAUUAUCGUGCUUUGAAUGAACUGGUCUAG